AUGUCUGCAGAUGAUGGGGACUGGGUUCGAACUACUGGGCCUUCCCCGACUGGCACUUCUGGCCCCCCCGGAGGCUACCCCAAUGGAGAGGGCUACUACCUGCACAUGGAUGCCAACACCUUCCCUCGGGGCGGAGUGGCGCGCCUGCGUAGCCCUGACAUAUGGGAGCAAGGCCCACUCUGCAUCCAUUUUGCCUUCCACAUGUUUGGGCUGUCAUGGGGUGCCCAGCUCAGACUGCUGCUGCUCAGGGGCCGGAAGCACCGCCGGCCCAACGUUCUCUGGAAGCAUGUUAACACCCAGAGCCCCUCCUGGAUGCCCACCACUGUCAAUGUGCCAGCAAAUCGUGAUAUACCAAGCUGGCUGAUGUUUGAGGGCAUGAGGGGAAACACCGCCUAUCUAGACAUCUCUUUGGAUGGCCUCUCUAUCCAGCGGGGUACCUGCAAUCGCAUCUGCAUGUCCCAGAUGUGCACCUUUGAUAUUCUAAAUGAUCUCUGCGGCUGGAGCUGGGUCCCAACUGCCACCGGGGCUAAGUGGACCCAGAAGAAGGGGUCAUCGGGGAAGCUGGGUGUGGGGCCUGAUGAUGACUUCUCCAGCCCUGGUAGUGGCUACUACAUGCUUCUGGACCCCAUGAAUGCAAGGCCGGGGCAGAAAGCUGUGCUUCUGAGCCCCCUGAGCCAUUCCAGCAGCUGUCUGACCCUGUCUUUCCACUACAUAAUGCGCGGCCGGUCGGCUGGAGAAGGCUUUUUCGUCUAUGCUACGUUCUUAGGCAACAUCCGGAAACACACUCUCUUCUCAGGACACCAUGGACCCACCUGGCAGGCUGUGUCUGUCAACUACACAGGACAGGGACAGAUACAGUUCAUGGUGGUGGGUGUGUUUGGAGAGAAGCCAGAGCCAGCCAUAGCUGUGGAUUCCAUCAGCAUCGCUCCCUGUGGGGAGAACUUUCCCCAGUGCAACUUUGAAGACAGAGUCCAUCCUUUCUGUGACUGGAGCAAUGUGUUGGGAGACAGCGGGCACUGGAGCUGGGGAAGUAAAAGUGUGCCCACCCCCAUCUCAGGGCCCCCACGGGAGUUCCCGUAUGGAGGGGAACACUACAUUUACUUCGAUUCAAUCAAGUUACUCCAGGCAGGACAGUCUGCCAAACUGGCGAGUCCACCCUUCUGUGCCCCCGGGGACAUCUGUGUGAAGUUUGCUUACCACAUGUACGGCCUUGGAGAAGGUACCACGCUCAAGCUCCUGCUGGGGAGCCCUGCGGGCAGCGCUCCCAUUUCUCUGUGGAGCCGUGUGGGGUCUCAGAGCACUGGCUGGAUAAACAGCUCUGUCACCAUCCCUAAGGGACACCAGCAGCCCAUGCAGACAGAGAUUUCUUCCAGUCCUCUGGGUCCAUCUACUGGCCCUUCUGAAACCACUGUCUUUUCACUCCUAGAGGCAACCAUUGUUCCCCUGGUACUACCCUCCAUUCCCACUGAAGAGAGCACCAUCCUCUUCGAAGAGACCAUACCCUCCACAGAAAUGACCACCGCCACAACUGAAGAGACUACUGAAUCCACUGAAGAGACCACUCUCCCCACAGAAGUAACCAUUGUCCACACAGAAGUGGUCAAUGUCACCACAGAAGUGACCACUGUCUCUUUUGAGACCAGUGUCUCUUCUGAGGAAACCACACCUACAGAAGUGACCACGGUUUAUCCUGAAGAGACCACCGUCCCUACAGGAGUGACCAUUGUCUCUCCUGAAGAGACCACUGUUCCUCCUGAAGAGACCACCAUCAUCCCUACAGGUGUGACCACUGUCUCUUCUGAAGAGACCACUGUCCCUCCUGAGGAGACCACCAUCCCUACAGAAGUGACCACUGUUCCUUCUGAGGAGACCUCCAUCCCUACAGAAGUGACCACUGUUCAUCCCGAGGAGACCUCCAUCCCUACAGAAGUGACCACUGUUCAUCCCGAGACCACCAUCCCUAUAGAAGUGACCACUGUUCAUCCCGAGACCUCCAUCCCUAUAGGAGUGACCACUGUUCAUCCCGAGGAGACCACCAUCCCUACAGAAGUGGCCACUGUCCAUCCCGAGGAGACCACCAUCCCUAUAGGAGUGACCACUGUUCAUCCCGAGACCACCAUCCCUAUAGAAGUGACCACUGUCCAUCCUGAGGAGACCUCCAUCCCUACAGAAGUGACCAGUGCCCCUCCUGAGGAGACCUCCAUCCCUACAGAAGUGACCAGUGUCCCUCCUGAAGAGACCUCCAUCCCUACAGAAGUGACCAGUGUCCAUCCUGAAGAGACCUCCAUCCCUACAGAAGUGACCAGUGUCCCUCCUGAAGAGACCUCCAUCCCUACAGAAGUGGCCACUGUCCAUCCUGAAGAGACCUCCAUCCCUACAGAAGUGGCCACUGUCCAUCCUGAAGAGACCUCCAUCCCUACAGAAGUGGCCACUGUCCCUCCUGAAGAGACCUCCAUCCCUAUAGAAGUGACCACUGUCCCUCCUGAGGAGACCUCCAUCCCUAUAGAAGUGACCACUGUCCCUCCUGAGGAGACCUCCAUCCCUACAGAAGAGACCACCACCCUUUCUGAAGGGACCAUUAUCUCCUCUGAAGAGACCACUGUCUCUACAGAGGAAUCUACUGUCGUCAUGCAAACGUCCACAACAUGUAUUCCACCCUGUCCAAGCCCUUCACAGGUUCCGGGUAUCUCGAUGAUCAGCAUGGCCCCAGCGACAGGUGUAUCAGAGAGUUGUCCUCCAAAUGCCCACUUUGAACCAUGUGCGUGCCCCGCGUCCUGUGAGAGCCCCAAGCCCAACUGCCAGUCCCUCUGCAGCCCUGGCUGUGUCUGCAAUCCUGGAUUUUUGUUUAGUGACAAUCUGUGCAUCAAUGCGUCUUUCUGCAAUUGCUUCUACAGCAACAAGUACUAUAAGCCUGGGGAAGAAUGGUUCAGUCCCAAUUGCACAGAACGGUGCCACUGCUUGCUGGGUAGCCGGCUGGAGUGCCAGAUCUCCCAGUGUGGGACACACACUGUCUGCCAGCUGAAGAAUGACCAGUAUGAAUGCCAGCCCUAUGGUAGUGCCACCUGCCUGGUCUAUGGGGACCUCCACUUUGUCACCUUUGAUGAGAGGCGCAUUAGCCUCACAGGGUCAUGUACCUACAUGUUGACCCAAACCUGCGACAACUCUACAGACACGUUCUUCAGGAUAACAGCAAGAGCCCAAGAACGGGGAGUAGAAGGUGUGUCCUCCCUGGACAAAGUCCUCAUCACCCUGUCAGAGACCACCAUUACCCUGCUCAGGGGCAGACACACACUGAUUGGGGAGCAGAGAGUCACUCUCCCAGCAAUACCUUCUAACGACAUCUUUGUGGGUCUGAGUGGGCGAUUUGUUGAACUGAGGACAACAUUUGGUUUGCGUGUCAGGUGGGAUGGUGACCAGCAACUCUUUGUGACUGUGUCCAGCACCUACUCAAAGAGACUCUGUGGUUUCUGUGGGAACUAUGACGGGGAUGGCAGCAAUGAUAACCGGAAGCCAGAUGGCACCAUGACACUCGAUGAGGAUGAGCUGGGGGACAGCUGGCUGAUGGAAGAGGAAGACGACAAGGAUCUUGCUGACCGCUUGGGUUGGGUCUCUUCCAGGUGUCAGCACAAGAAGAACCCCCCAACUUGUGACUCAGCCUUGGGGAGAACUAUGUCGGAGCCCAACUUAUGUGGCCAACUUGUCGACCCAAGUGGACCUUUUGAGGCAUGCCUGUUCUACCUGAAGGCCUCGUCCUUAUUGGAUAACUGUGUGGCGGACAUGUGUAGCUUCCAGGGCCUCCAGCAGAUACUCUGUGUUCAUAUGUCAGCCAUGACUGCUACCUGCCAAGAUGCGGGCUAUCCCGUGAGGCCCUGGAGGGGACCCCAGUUCUGCCCUUUGGUCUGCCCUCAAAACAGCAGGUACUCCCUGUGUGCCAAGCCGUGCCCGGAUACCUGCCAUCCUGGAUCUGCUCUCCAGCCCUGCCCAGAGCACUGCGUGGAAGCCUGCGAGUGUGACCCUGGCUUCAUCCUCAGUGGUUUCGAGUGUGUCCCUCAAUCAAAGUGUGGGUGCACCAACAUCGACGGACGCUACUUCAAAGUACAGGAGCAGUGGUUCAGUCCAGACUGCAAAGAGGUCUGCACUUGUGAAGGCAACAACAACAUUCACUGCCGGCCCUGGCAGUGCAAGGCCCAGGAAGUCUGCAGCCAUAAGAAUGGCAUAUUAGGCUGCCAUGCCCAAGGUGCAGCCACCUGCGUUGCCUCAGGUGACCCCCACUACCUGACAUUCGAUGGAGCCUUGCACCAUUUUAUGGGCACCUGUACUUACGUACUGACCCGGCCUUGCUGGUCCAACAUUCAAGAAAAUAACUUCGUUGUGAGUGUCACCAACGAGAUCCGUGAUGGCAACUUGGAAGUCUCCAAUGUCAAAGCUGUCCAUGUGCAGGUCUUUGACCUCAAAAUCUCCCUGUUCAAAGGUCGGAGGGUCGUGCUGAACAACCAACGGGUGGCACUACCUGUGUGGCCUUUGAAAGGGCUGGUGACCAUUAGGCUGAGUGGCAUCUUUGUCUUGCUCUACACGAACUUUGGUCUUCAAGUUCGAUAUGAUGGAAACCACCUGGUGGAGGUGACAGUGCCUUCCUCAUACACUGGCACACUCUGUGGGCUGUGUGGGAACUACAACAAUAACAGCUUGGAUGACAAUCUGCGUCCAGACAGAAAGCCUGCAGGCAACUCACUUCUGCUGGGAGCUUCUUGGAAAAUACUUGAAGCCUCUGAGCCUGGCUGCUUUGUAGUCGGGGGCAAGUCCUCCAGCUGUGAGGAGAACAACAUGGACGACACCUGGACUAAAAAGUGCGCCAUCUUGAUGAACCCUGUUGGACCUUUCUCCAAUUGCCACGAGGCAGUGCCCCCCCAGGCCAGCUUCUCCAGUUGUGUGCAUGGCCAGUGUGGGACCAGAGGAGACACCCUGGCCCUGUGCCGCUCCCUGCAAGCCUAUGCAUCCCUGUGUGCCCAAGCUGGCCAGGUGACUACCUGGCGCAACAGCACCUUCUGCCCUCUGAGGUGCCCACCCGGGAGCAGCUACAACCCAUGUGCCAACCCCUGCCCAGCCACCUGCCUCACCCUAAGCACCCCAAGAGACUGUCCAGCCCUGCCCUGCGUCGAGGGCUGUGAAUGCGAGAAAGGCCACAUCCUGAGUGGAACCACCUGUGUGCCCCUCAGACAGUGCGGCUGCAGCGACCAGGGCGGCUCCUACCACCUGUUGGGGGAGAGCUGGUACACAGAGAAGACCUGCACGACCCUCUGCACGUGCUCCUCCCACAGCAACGUCACCUGCAACCCCUCGGCCUGCGAGACCAACCACGUGUGCUUGCGCCAAGAAGGGCUGCUGCGCUGUGCUGCGGAGAUGGGAGAGUGUCACAUCUCAGAGGACUCUCAGAUCGUGAGCUUUGAUGGCCAUAGCCACCCCAUCCAAGACACAUGCACGUACAUCUUGGUCAAAGUGUGCCACCCCAACAUGAACCUGCCCUUCUUCACGGUCAGUGCCAAGGCUGACAGGGACACCCACGGCACACUCCAGAUUUUCAGUAUCUACAAGAUAUACAUCGACAUCUUCAGCUUCCGAGUCACUCUGCAAAAAGACCGCUCAGUCCUGAUCAAUGACACGCAGGUCACCCUUCCUGCCAUGACCCAGAUCCCAGGAGUCAACAUCACGACUGAAGACGUCUAUACCAUUGUCACAAUUAAGGAUGAAGUUCAAGUCAAAUUUGAGAGCAACAGCUUCUUAGAUAUCAAAAUCUCUGCAUCCUCCCAGGGAAAGGUCUGUGGCGUGUGUGGGAAUUUCAAUGGUGAAGAAGAGGAUGAACUCAUGACCCCCAGUGAUGAGCUGGCCCAGGAUGAGCAGGAGUUCAUGGACAGCUGGAAAGAUAAGAACACCGACCCAAGCUGCCUGAAAAUCGGAGAGCAGAGCAUCCACGUGGAGCAGCAGGAGAUCAUGAACGGGAAGUGCAGGCCCGAGGACUUCGAGAAAGCCCAAGCAAACUGCCAAGCUGCGCUCCAGGGGCCAGCCUGGGCCCAGUGUGCUUCCCGGGUGCCCCUCAAGCCCUUCCUCCUAGGAUGUAUGAACAACUUCUGUGAAUUCAGAGAGCUCUUCCGUGCCCUCUGUGAGGCUCUGCAGUCCUUCGAGGAUGCCUGCCAGAACCAGGGGCUCAAGCCACCUAUCUGGAGGAACAGCAGCUUCUGCCCUCUGGAGUGCCCAGCUCACAGUCACUACACAAACUGCCUUCCCUCCUGUCCACCUUCCUGCUUGGAUCCAGACAGCCGCUGUGAGGGCUCUGGCCACAAAGUCCCUGCCACCUGCAAGGAGGGCUGCAUCUGUCACCCCGGCUACGUGCUGAAUAAUGACAAGUGUGUGCUCAGAACUCAUUGUGGCUGCAAAGACGCGCAGGGCGUCUUCGUCCCGGCAGGCAAGACUUGGACCUCCAGGGGCUGCACCCAGACCUGCGCCUGCACGAGAGGGACCAUCAGGUGCCGGAACUUCCAGUGUCCCUCGGGGACUCACUGCAAGGACAACAAUGAUGGCACCAGUAACUGUGUCAAAAUCACUUUCCUGUGCCCGGCCCACAGCCAGUACACAGACUGCCUUCCCUCCUGUCAUCCUUCCUGCUCUGACCCCGAUGGCCGCUGUGAGGGCGCCAGCACCAAAGCCCCCUCCGCCUGCAAGGAGGGCUGUGUCUGCCAACCUGGCUACGUGCUGGAUAAAGAGAAGUGCGUGCCUAGAAUUGAGUGUGACUGCCAAGACACCCAGGGUGGAUUCAUCCCGGCAGGCAAGACCUGGACCUCCCGGGGCUGCACCCAGAGCUGCGCCUGCACAGGAGGCGCCAUUCAAUGCCGGAACUUCCAGUGUUCCCCAGGGACUUACUGCAAAGACAGUGAUGAUGGCAACAGUAACUGCGUCAAAAUCACUCUGCAGUGCCCAGCACACAGCCAGUUCACCAACUGCCUUCCUGCCUGCCCGCCUUCUUGUCUGGACCCGGAAGGACACUGUGAGGGCGCCAGCACCAAAGCCCCCUCCACCUGCAGGGAGGGCUGCGUCUGCCAACCUGGCUACGUGCUGGAUAACGACAAGUGUGUGCUCAGAAUUGAGUGUGGCUGCCAAGACACCCAGGGUGCCUUCAUCCCGGCAGGCAAGACCUGGAUCUCCAGAGGCUGUUCCAGGAACUGUAACUGCAUGGGAGGGGUCAUUCGAUGCCAGAAAUUCCAGUGUCCCUCAGGGACUUACUGCCAAGACAGAGAGGGUGACACCAGUAACUGUACCAAAAUCAGUGAGCUGUGCCCCGCCCACAGCCGCUACACCAACUGCCUACCUCCUUGUCUGGCUACCUGCAUGGACCCCGAAGGCCACUGUGGGGGCGCCAGCACCAAAGCCCCCUCCACCUGCAGGGAGGGCUGCGUCUGUCGACAUGGCUUUGUGUUGCAUAACAACAAGUGUAUGCUCAGAAUUCUGUGUGGCUGCCAAGACGCCCAGGGCACUCUCAUCCCGGCCGACAAGACCUGGAUCAACAGAGGCUGCACCCAUAGCUGUACCUGCGUGGCAGGGAUCAUCUACUGCAGGGAUUUCCAGUGUCCCGCGGGGACUUACUGCAAGGACAUCAAGGAUGGCAACAGUAACUGCACCAAGAUCACUCUGCAGUGCCCAGACCACAGCCUGUUCACCGACUGCCUUCCCUCCUGUCAGCCUUCCUGCUCCAAUCUGGAUGGCCACUGUGAGGGCGUCAGCACCAAAGUCCCCUCCACCUGCAAGGAGGGCUGCGUCUGUCGCCCUGGCUUUGUGUUUAAUGAGAACAAAUGUAUACCCAGAAUUCAGUGUGGCUGCAAAGACACCCAGGGUACCUUCAUCCCGGCAGGCAAGACAUGGACCUCCCGGGGCUGCACCCAGAGCUGUACCUGUGUGGGAGGUGCCAUCCAAUGCCAGAACUUUCAGUGUCCCCAAGGGACCUAUUGCAAGGACACCAAUGAUGGCAACAGUAACUGCACCAAAAUCACUCUGCAGUGCCCCGCCCACAGCCAGUACACCAACUGCCUUCCCUCCUGCCUGCCCUCGUGCUCGGACCCUGAUGGCCUCUGUAGGGGCGCCAGCCCAAAAGCCCUCUCCACCUGUAAGGAGGGCUGCGUCUGUCUAUCUGGCUACGUGCUGGAUAACGACAAGUGUGUGCUCAGAAUUCGGUGUGGCUGCAAAGACGCCCAGGGUGUUCUCAUCCCGGCAGACAAGACCUGGAUCAACAGAGGCUGCACCCAGAGCUGUACCUGCGUGGGAGGGGCCAUCCUGUGCAGGAAAUUUCAGUGUCCCUCAGAGACUUACUGCAAGGACAUCGAGGACGGCAACAGUAACUGCACCAGGAUCACUCUGCAGUGCCCCGCCCACAGCCAGUACACCAACUGCCUUCCCUCCUGCCUGCCUUCCUGCUCGGACCCUGAUGGCCGUUGUAUAGGCGCCAGCACCAAAGCCCCCUCCACCUGCAGGGAGGGCUGCGUCUGCCAACCUGGCUACAUAUUGGAUAACGACAAGUGUGUGCUCAGAAUUGAGUGUGGCUGCAAAGACGCCCAGGGCGCUCUCAUCCCAGCAGACAAGACCUGGAUCAACAGAGGCUGCACUCAGAGCUGUAUCUGCAUGGGAGGGGUCAUCCAGUGCCAGAAUUUCCACUGUCCCUCAGGGACUUACUGCAUGGACACCGAGGACGGCAACAGUAACUGUGCCAAAAUCACUCUGCAGUGCCCCGCCCACAGCCAGUACACCAACUGCCUUCCCUCCUGCCUGCCCUCGUGCUCGGACCCUGAUGGCCACUGUAUAGGCGCCAGCACCAAAGCCCCCUCCACCUGCAGGGAGGGCUGCGUCUGCCAACCUGACUACGUGCUGAAUAACGACAAGUGUGUGCUCAGAAUUGAGUGUGGCUGCAAAGACGCUCAGGGUGUUCUCAUCCCGGCAGACAAGACCUGGAUCAACAGAGGCUGCACCCAGAGCUGUACCUGCGUGGGAGGGGCCAUCCUGUGCAGGAAAUUUCAGUGUCCCUCAGAGACUUACUGCAAGGACAUCGAGGACGGCAACAGUAACUGCACCAGGAUCACUCUGCAGUGCCCCGCCAACAGCCACUUCACCGACUGCCUUCCCUCCUGUCAGCCCUCCUGCUCUGAUAUGGAAGGCCACUGUGAGGGCGCCAGCACCAAAGCCCCCUCUACCUGCAAGGAGGGCUGCGUCUGCCAACCCGGCUACGUGUUCCAUAACGACAAGUGUGUGCUCAGAAAUCAGUGUGGCUGCAAAGACGCCCAGGGCGCUCUCAUCCCGGAAAGCAAGACCUGGAUCACCAGAGGGUGCACUCAGAGCUGUACUUGCAUGGGAGGGGUCAUCCAGUGCAGGGCUAUCCAGUGUCCCGAAGGGACUUACUGCAAGGACACCGAGGACGGCAACAGUAACUGCACCAAAAUCACUCUGCAGUGCCCAGUCCACAGCCGCUACACCAACUGCCUUCCCUCCUGCCUGCCCUCGUGCUCGGACCCCGAGGGCCUCUGUGGCGGCACCAGUCCUAAAGUCCCCUCCACCUGCAAGGAGGGCUGCGUCUGUCGACAUGGCUUUGUGUUGCAUGACGACAAAUGUAUGCUCAGAAUUCUGUGUAGCUGCAAAGAUGCCCAGGGUGUUCUCAUCCCGGCAGACAAGACCUGGAUCACCAGAGGCUGUGCCCAGAGCUGUACCUGCGUGGGAGGGAUCAUCCACUGCAGGAACAUCCAGUGUCCCCCAGGGACGUACUGCAAGGACAGGAAUGAUGGCAGCAUUAACUGCACCAAAAUCACUCUGCAGUGCCCCGCCCACAGCCAAUUCACAGACUGCCUUCCUUCCUGUCUGCCUUCCUGCUCCAACCACUGUGAGACCACCAGCCCCAAAGGCCCCUCCAGCUGCAAGGAGGGCUGUCUCUGCAACCCUGGCUUUGUGCUCAAUGAGAACAAGUGUGUUCCUAGAACUCAGUGUGGCUGCAAAGAUGCUCAGGGCGCCUUCAUUCCGGCAGGCAAGACUUGGACCUCCAGGGGCUGCACCCAGACCUGCGCCUGCACGGAAGGGACCGUCCAGUGUCAGAAUUUCCAGUGUCCCUCGGGGACUUACUGCAAGGACAACAGUGAUAACAGUAGUACUUGCACCAAAAUCACUCUGCAGUGCCCCGCCCACAGCCACUACACCGGCUGCCUUCCCUCCUGUCUGCCCUCGUGCUCGGACCCAGAGGGCCUCUGCAAAGGCACCAGCUCUAAAGUCCCCUCCACCUGCAAGGAGGGCUGCGUCUGUCAACCCGGCUACGUGCUGUUUAACGACAAGUGUAUCCUCAGAGUUCAGUGUGGCUGCAAAGAUGCCCAGGGCGCUCUCAUCCCGGCAGGCAAGACCUGGACUUCCAAGGACUGCACCCAGAGCUGCGCCUGCACGGAAGGGACCGUCCAGUGCCGGAGUUUCCAGUGUCCCUCAGGGACUUACUGCAAGGAGAGCAAUGAUGGCAGCAGUAACUGUGCUAAAAUCCCGCUGCAGUGCCCCGCCCACAGCCUGUUCACCAGCUGCCUUCCCUCCUGUUCUCCUUCCUGCUUGGACCCAGAAGGCCUCUGUAAGGCAACCAGCCCUAAAGCCCCCACCACUUGCAAGGAGGGCUGCGUCUGUCAACCCGGCUACGUGUUCCAUAACGACAAGUGUGUGCUCAGAAGUCAGUGUGGCUGCAAAGACGCUCAUGGGGCUCUCAUCCCGGCAGACAAGACCUGGAUUCCUAAAGGCUGUACCCAGAGCUGUACCUGUACAGACGGGACUGUCCAAUGCCGGAGUUUCCAGUGUCCCUCGGGGACUUACUGCAAGGGCAGCAAUGACGACAGCAGUAACUGUGCUAAAAUCCCUCUGCAGUGUCCAGCCAACAGCCAGUUCACCGACUGCCUCCCCUCCUGCCCACCCUCUUGCUUGGACCCAGAGGGCCACUGUGAAGGCACUGGCCCCAAAGGGCCCUCCGCUUGCAAGGAAGGCUGCCUCUGCCACCCUGGCUACGUGCUCGAUAAGGACAAGUGUUUGCCCAGAAUUCAGUGUGGCUGUAAAGAUGCCCAGGGUGCUCUCAUCCCGGCAGGCAAGACCUGGACUCUUAGAGGUUGCACCCAGAGCUGCGCCUGCAUGGGAGGAGCUGUUCAGUGUCGGAGUUUCCAGUGUCCCUCGGGGACUUACUGCAAGGACAACAAAGAUGGCAGCAGUAACUGUGCCAAAAUCCCUCUGCAGUGCCCCGCCCACAGCCACUUCACCGACUGCCUCCCCUCCUGUCUGCCCUCCUGCUUGGAUCCAGAGGGCCACUGUGAGGGCGCCAGCACCAAAGCCCCCUCCGCCUGCAAGGAGGGCUGCGUCUGCCAACCCGGCUAUGUGCUGUUUAAUGGCAAAUGUGUGCUCAGAAUUGAGUGUGGCUGCAAAGACAACCAGGGUGCUUUCAUCCCGGCAGGCAAGACCUGGAUUGCUACAGGCUGUACCCAGAGCUGCGCCUGUGCGGGAGGGACCAUCCAGUGCCAGAGUUUCCAGUGUCCCGCAGGGACUUACUGCAAGGGCAGCAAUGAUGGCAGCAGUAACUGUGCGGAAAUACCGCUGCAGUGCCCAGACCACAGCCUGUUCACCGGCUGCCUUCCCUCCUGCCCUCCUUCCUGUCUCAACCUGGAUGGCCGCUGUGAGGGCACCAGUCCCAAAGUCCCCUCCACCUGCAAGGAGGGCUGCCUCUGUCAGCCUGGCUACUUCCUGAACAACGGCAAGUGUGUGCUCAGAAUCCAGUGUGACUGCAAAGACACCCGUGCUGUUCUCAUCCCGGCAGGCAAGACCUGGACCACCCGGGGCUGCACCCAGAGCUGCACCUGCACAGGAGGCGUCAUCCAAUGCCAGAACUUCCAGUGUCCCUCAGGGACUUACUGCAAAGACAGUAGUGAUGGCAACAGUAACUGUGCCAAAAUCACGCUGCAGUGCCCCGCCCACAGCCAGUUCACCAGCUGCCUCCCCUCCUGUCCCCCUUCCUGUUCCUUUCUGGACGGCCACUGUGAGGAAUCUAGGCCCAAAGUCCCCACGGCCUGUAAGGAGGGCUGCGUCUGUCAGCCUGGCUACUUGCUGAACAACGACAAGUGUGUGCUCCGCAUCCAGUGUGACUGCAAAGACGCCCAGGGUGGCCUCAUUCCUGCAGGUAAGAGCUGGAUCAACGGAGACUGUACCCAGAACUGUAACUGCAUAGGAGGGACCGUCCAGUGUCGGAGCUUCCAGUGUCCCCCAGGGACUUACUGCAAGGACAGCAAUGAUGGCGGCAGAAACUGUGUCAAAAUCACUCUGCAGUGUCCCGCCCACAGCCGCUACACAGACUGUCUUCCCCCAUGCCCUCCUUCCUGUACUGACCUGGAUGGCCGCUGUGAAGGCACCAGCCCCAAAGCCCCCUCCACCUGUAGUGAGGGCUGCCUCUGUCAACCUGGCUACGUGCUGAACAAUGGCAAGUGUAUACUCCAAGUUCACUGUGGCUGCACAGAUGCCCAGGGUGGCCUCAUCCCGGCAGGCAAGACCUGGACCUCCAAGGACUGCACCCGGAGCUGCACCUGCAUGGGAGGGGCUGUCCAGUGUCACAGCUUCAACUGCCCCCAGGGGACUCAGUGCCAGGAAGGCCAAGACGGCAACAGCAACUGUGCCAAAAUCAUGUCCAGUGGGCAGUGUCCAGCUCACAGUCGCUACACCAACUGCCUACCCCCCUGUCUACCUUCCUGCGUGGACCCAGAAGGCCUCUGUGGCGGCACCAGCCCAAAACCCCCCACCACCUGCAGGGAGGGCUGCGUCUGUCGAUCUGGCUUUGUGCUGCAUAACAACAAGUGUGUGCUCAGAAUUCUGUGUGGCUGCAAAGACGCCCAGGGCACUCUCAUCCCGGCCGACAAGACCUGGAUCACCAGAGGCUGCACCCAGAACUGUACCUGCGUGGCAGGGAUCAUCCGCUGCCGGAGUUUCCAGUGUCCCCCGGAGACUUACUGCAAGGACAAUGAAGAUGACAGCAGUAGCUGUGUCAAAGUUGCUCUGCAAUGCCCAGAAAACAGCCACCACACCAGCUGUCUCCCCGCCUGUAUCCCAUCCUGCACCAACCUGAAUGGUCACUGUGAGGUUGCAGGCGUCAGAGGCCCCUCCACCUGCAAACAAGGCUGCCUCUGUCAGCCUGGCUUUGUGCUCAAUAAGGACAAGUGUGUACCCAGAGUUCAAUGUGGCUGCAAAGACUCCCAGGGCGCCCUCAUUCCGGCAGGCAAGACCUGGAUUUCCACGGGCUGUUCCCAGAAAUGCUCCUGCAUGGGAGGACUUGUUCAGUGCCGUGUCUUCAAGUGCCCCACGGGGACUCAGUGCCAGGACAUCGAGGACGGCAUCAGCAACUGUGUUGAAAACACCAUACAGUGUCCAGCUCACAGUCGCUACACCAGCUGCCUUCCCUCCUGUUUGCCCUCCUGCGUGGACCCACACGGCCUUUGCAAGGGCACCAGCCCCAAAGCCUCCACCUGCAAGGAGGGCUGUGUCUGUCAAUCCGACUACGUGCUGUUUAAUGACAAGUGUGUUCCCAAAGUUCAGUGUGGCUGCAAAGUCGCCGAGGGUGACCUCAUCCCGGCAGGCAAGACCUGGAUCUCCAGUGGCUGCACCCAGAGCUGCACCUGCGUCGGUGGGGAAAUCGAGUGCCGGAGCUUCAACUGCCCCACAGGGACCCACUGCCAGCACAGCGAGGAUGGCAGCAGUAACUGUGCCUCCAACACCCUGCAGUGCCCCGCCCACAGCCGCUUCACCAGCUGCCUUCCUGCCUGCCCGCCUUCCUGCGCGGAUCCCGAUGGGCACUGUGAGAGCACCAGCACCAAAGACCCUGCCAUCUGCAAGCCGGGCUGCCUCUGUCUAUCUGGCUACGUGCUGAAUAAGGACAAGUGUGUGCUCAGAGUUCAGUGUGGCUGCAAAGACGCCCAGGGUGCUGUCAUCCCUGAAGGCAGGAUGUGGAUCUCCAGUGGUUGUGCCCAGAGCUGUAUCUGCACGGGAGGUACUGUCCAGUGCCAGGACUUCAAAUGCCCGACAGGGUCCCGUUGCCAGCUCAGUGAAGAUGGCAGCAGUGACUGUGUCACCAGUGCUCUGAAAUGCCCGGCCCACAGCUUCUACACCAACUGUCUUCCCUCCUGCCUGCCUUCCUGCUCGGACCCGGAAGGCCUCUGUGGCGGCACCAGUCCUAAAGUCCCCUCCACCUGCAAGGAGGGCUGCCUCUGUCGGUCUGGCUUUGUGCUUCAUAACAACAAAUGUGUGCUCAGAAUUCACUGUGCCUGCAAACUCUCCCAGGGCAACCUCAUCCAGACUGGCCAGACAUGGAUCUCCUCUGACUGCACCCAGAUUUGUUCAUGCAAGGGAGGGAUCUUUCAGUGCCAAAGUUUCCAGUGCCCCUCAGGGACCCAUUGUGAAGUCUAUGAAGAUGGCAGCAGUAACUGUGUCUCCAAGAAGCUGCAGUGCCCCGCCCACAGCCUGUACACCGACUGCCUUCCCUCCUGUCUGCCCUCCUGCUCCAACCCGAAUGUCUUCUGUGAGGGCACCAGCACCAAAGCCCCCUCCACCUGCAAGGAGGGCUGCGUCUGUCGCCCUGGCUUCCUGGUCAAUAAGGACAAGUGUGUACGCAAAGACCAGUGUGACUGCACAGAUGCCAAGGGCGACUCCAUCCCGGCAGGCAAGACCUGGAUCUCCAGUGGCUGCACCCAGAGCUGCGCCUGUGAGGACGGCGCUGUUCGGUGCCGGAACUUCAUCUGCCCCACGGGGUCCCACUGCCAGCACAGCGACGACGGCAGCAGUAACUGUGCCGCCAAUAAAUUGGAAAAAUGUUCCAUCUUCGGGGAUCCCUACUACCAUACUUUUGAUGGCUUCACCUACCGCUUCCCGGGCCGGAUGAACUACUAUCUCAUUAAGACAGUGGACGAGCUCCCAGAGGGCGUCCAGCAACUGGUCGCGGAGGGGCGCAACAAGAUAUCCUCCAAAGGGAGUCCAGCCUUGCAUGAGAUGACCAUCUUCGUCUAUGGUUAUAAAAUCCAGCUCAAAGAAGAGCUGGUGGUUUUGGUCAACGAUCAAAAGGUGGCGGUCCCUUACAGUCCGAACGACCACCUGCGGGUCAUCUUACGGGCACAGCGGCUGCUUCUCGUCACUGACUUUGAAAUGGUGGUGGACUUCGAUGGAAAGCAUAGCACAGUGAUCUCCUUGCCUACCAUGUACCGAGGACUGAUACGGGGUCUGUGUGGAAACUAUGACAAGGACCAAGCCAAUGAUUUCAUGUUGCCCAAUGGAAUGCUCACCUCCAACCUCAAUGCCUUUGGCAACAGCUGGGAGGUGAAGAUGGUAGAUGCCCUCUUCCGAUCGCCAAGGGCCCUGCCAGAAGAAGAUGGAGGAGAGGAAGAGCCCGAGCUUCCGCCGUCAGAGUGCAGUCCGGAGCAGACCGCGCUCCUCAGCAGCACCCAGGCCUGUAGGGUGCUGAUGGACCCCCAGGGCCCCUUUGCUGCCUGUCACCAGAUUGUAGCCCCACAUCCCUUUGAGCAGCACUGUAUGUCUGACAUGUGCUCUGCUUGGAAAACCAAAGAGAAAGAAGAGCUUCGAUGCCGGGUCCUCAGUGGCUAUGCCGUCCUGUGCCAGGAGGCAGGUGCCAACAUGACUGGCUGGCGGGACCAGACGCGCUGUGCCAUGACAUGUCCUGCCAAUACUGUGUACCAGAGCUGUAUGACGCCCUGCCCAGCGUCCUGUGCCAAAUUUGUGACCCCCAAGGUGUGUGAUGGUCCCUGUGUGGAAGGCUGUGCCAGCAUCCCAGGCUACAUCUACAGUGACACCCAGAGCCUUCCAGUGACUCGCUGCGGCUGCACUACCAACGGCAUCUACUACAAGCUGGAUGACAGCUUUGUAACUGAUGACUGCUCCCAGCGCUGCACCUGUGCCAGCCAGGGGGUCCUGCUGUGUGAGCCCUACGGCUGCAGAGCUGGAGAGUCCUGCACCGUGGCCAACUUUACUCGAGGCUGCUUCCGGGAUAGCCCGUGUCUACAUAACCCCUGCCACAAUGAUGGCCGCUGUCAGGAGCAGGGGGCCACCUUCAUCUGCCAUUGUGACCUUGGCUAUGGAGGAGAAUUCUGCACAGAACCACGGGAUAUCCCAUCCAGAAAAAAGCUAGAAUCACCCAGCUUAAUGGCCAUCCUGCCAGGGGUGCUCGUGAUGGUGUUAGUCCCUGUAUUACUGCCCAGAGUAUAUGUUUACAUGACGACGAGAACUGCCUUGGCGAGGAGGAGGAGGGGGGAGAAACUGUUGGGACAAAAUAGACAUAGUCUGGAAGAAACAGGUGAGAACCAGCCCGGCCUGGGGGCGUGCAAGUCCUGGCCAAGAGGUGAGUCCUCCUCCAAUGUGGGUUUCCUUGCUCUCUCCUCAGAUGCUCCAGAGCCUUCCUUCAAAGCUGCCGAGUUCUGACUUGUCCUCAAACAAAUAGAUAAAAAUAAUUUAUUUUUUUAAA